AUGUCUACAAUAGCCUCACCACGCGAUCCUCCUCGCCGCACUCCCACAAACUCCAACCGUCCCUCCUUCGAAACCUCUCGGUCCGCGCUGGCGUCUCCCGUUCUCACACAAGGACCUACACAACCUCCUGGCCCCCCUCAGCAACAGCAGCGCAAAACGUCGAAUCGCGCUGCUCUUCGCGAGUACUACAAUCUGCGCGCCUCGGCCCCUCGUAUCGAGAUUCCCGAUUCCGAAGUCCCAGCUACAGAGAUCGAUGCCCCUGACUUCAACGCCGAUGAAUAUGUCGCCAAGGUUGUUGAGAAGAGCAGUCUUGAGGAGCUUCUGAGGCUAUAUACACGAGUCGUGGGAGAAGUGCGCGCGCUGGAUGCGGAGAAGAAGGCUUUGGUAUACGACAAUUACAGUAAGCUUAUUACAGCAACAGAGACUAUUCGCAAGAUGAGAGCAAAUAUGGACCCUUUGAAUCCUAUGGCCUCAACACUUGACCCAGCAAUCGCACAAAUCUACAGCCAAGCAUCCUCCAUCCGAGAUGCCCUUCGGGAAACAGUUCCCUCACCAGAUUCUGAGGAGGGCAAGAAACGAGACGCAGCAAACAGACAACAACGGACAAGAGAACUUGCAGCACAGGUCCUAGCAACGCCUGAGAGAUUACGUGCUCUUGUUAGUGAGGGAAAGAUUGCGCAAGCGCGCAAAGAGUGGGUGAUGCCACGAAAACUGCUGGAAUCAUGGAAAGAGAAAGGAUUUGGUGGCAGUGAUGUCGAAGAGUGCAUUGAAGAGGGCGAUGAGGCGUUGAGACCAGUCGAUGAUAAGAGCAGCGCUUCAAGCCCAAGGAUAUCAAGGGACGAGAGACUAUCAAGAGAUGAAAGGCGAUCAAGAGAUAGUCGUGUGUCAAAAGACGGACGCUCAGCUCGACUUCCUAGCUCAACUCUUGCAAGGCCUUUUCCUCUUGCAAAUCCCAAAAGUUUCUGCUCUUCUUGUCAUCCUACAAAAAGCCCGUUACUCAAGAUGGCCGACAAUGGUGCUUGGGGCGCCUGGCAGGUUGAGUCUUCAACCUUCACAAAGGCAGUAGUUGCAGCUAUGCAGAAGCUAUACCCCGAGGAAAUCGCAGACAAAAGCUGGGACAACGUUGGGCUCUUGGUAGGAAACUCAGAGAAUGAUGCCAAGAAGAAAAAGAAGGUCUUGGUGACCAAUGACCUGACCUACCAAGUCGCCGUUGAUGCUAUUGAGCAGGACGUUAGUGUCAUUGUCAGCUAUCAUCCCUUCAUAUUCGGAGGCCUCAAGUCCAUUACCAACAAAGAUCCUCAGCAAGCUACUCUUCUACGCCUUGCCAAGGCUGGUAUUGCUGUCUACUGCCCUCACACUGCAGUCGAUGCGGCUCCCGAAGGACUCAACACAUGGCUUGCAGAUAUCGUUUCUGGCCCUCACAAAAGCCAACGCUCUGUCGCGAUCCCCUGUAGCUCUGCCCCCUCUAGUCACUCUGGCGCAGGCUAUGGAGCCAUAGGCCGCUUCGACAAUGCUGUUUCUCUCUCCGAGAUCAUUCUUCGUCUGGCUGAGAAGCUCGGUGGCCUCAAGCAUGUUAUGGUAGCAAGCCCUGUUGGCGCUGACGUCAAGACUACCAAGAUUAGUAGCUUUGGUGUUUGCGCUGGUAGCGGAUACGAUGUGCUCAAGAAAGCUGAGGUUGAUCUUUUGGUGACUGGCGAGACCAGCCAUCACUCAGCUUUGAGAGCUAUUCAACAGGGACAAACACUUGUCCAAGUCUUUCACAGCAAUUCUGAAAGAGGAUAUCUUCAAGAAGUGCUUAGGCCCAAGUUGGAGGCUGCCAUCAAGGAGAAUGUUCCUGAGGUGGAAGUUGUUGUGAGCAAGUACGACAAGGAUCCUUUUACUAUCUUGGAUGUCAAUGAUCUCAAAUAG